CUUGACAUAAUUGGUCUCAAUAAAGUAGUUUUAAAGUUUAUUUUUGUUUUUUAUACUUUUGUGAGGACGCUCAAGGCGCCGACGUGGCACAGCGAUCCACUGAGAUCGGUCUCUUUCUUUUGCGGCAGCCGAACAGAACGGACCACCAGUAAAACUCAGCGGAAGGAACCAGCAGACGGCGACAUCAGAUCAAGCUCAGGAAAACAACCACAUUCAACAACGGACAUGGAACCCGAGGAUCCCUAUCAAGUGGAGGGAGGAUACCGACCCGCUGACGACCGAGAAGGCUCCGAAACCGACAGUAGUGGAGAGUCCCAAGGCCACGACUCGGUCUUGUCCACCCACAGCCCGACUACACCCGGCCUAUCCAUCCCCUCCGCGGUUUUGGACCGAUUCCUGGGAACCCCAGCGCCGGCGGCAUUCCAAAGCGGGGAUGAAAGUCUGGACCUCCAGCUAUGCAUAACCGGCGGAGAGCAGCUCGAAGUACGCCAGGCUCUCCAGGAGGACCGAGCGGAGGACUCAGCUCGGGAUACACCAGACUGGAUCGAGGCCCCAGAAGACUGGAGGGUGGACACCCCGGACCGCCGUCUGCCCCCCGCUCUCGUCGCAUCCGUCCAGGCUCAGGAUCGCCGGCGCGUGCGAUAUCUCCGCAAAAUCGAUGGCGCUAAAUUUCGCAUCAACGUGACCGCUCGGGGAGAAGUCAUCGUGGCCCUCCGCCCACUUCUUUAAACACCCCAAAGUAAAGGGGGGGUGUGAGGACGCUCAAGGCGCCUCACAUUUUCCCACUCAAACAAACCCAAGCGUACAAAAACAAGCGUGCCGAUGUGGGACAGCGAUCCACUGAGAUCGGUCUCUUUCUUUUGCGGCAGCCGAACAGGACGGACCACCAGCAAAACUCAGCGGAAGGAACCAGCAGACGGCGACAUCAGAUCAAGCUCAGGAGUAAGAUAAGCAACAGAGAUCAGAGGCAGGCAGUGCCUCUGAUUCGCAAUGAGUGCGAAGUUCAGGGAAAAUACGAGAAUAAAUUAAAGGAAGAUAAAUUG